CUUCUUGCAGAAUAGAAAAUCUUUUCACUCGACUUGAAAAGCAUCUUAUUCCGAUUAAUUUGGUCAUUCAACACGUAUUUUGACUCGCCUGAAAAAUCCCAAGCAUUUCCAGACUGUGGCUUUUACCAAACAGCUAAACUCUUUGGAGGUGGUCUGCUAGCUUCCUACGGGAAGGUUAAUCAUUCCGACAGAAAUAAACAUCUGUACAAUAUCCUUUCCUAACAGAUUAUUCGCUACUGAGAAGAGCUGUAAAAUGAAGUUUUAUGGCGUUUUGCUGUUUAUCUUUUUCUGCGAAUUACUUUUACAAAUCGGGAAUUGUCAAAAGAAAGAGAAAAGGAUUGCCCAACGGAAUGAAAAAAAUAAACAAAAAGCAGUUGGACAGAAUAAAAUCAGAGCAAUACAUAAGAAAAUUAAACUAAAACGUCCAAAACUGAGAAAGGAGAGAGUGUUCCUAGACAAAGACCUAAAGCCAACCUUCAUCAUGACACAGGUUUUGGAUAAAGGUCAUUUCCAGAAACCAGCGGAGACAUUAAUGCUAGCCUCAGGGCAAUCUAUUGAGCUACGUUGUAAAGGGAAUAAUAUCGGCUGGAAUUAUCCACCCUACCUCAACAACUCAAACCACUCCAGGUUCAGUAUUGUACAACAGCAAAAAUACAGCCAACUAACAGUCACCAAUGCAAGAGCUGCAGACACCGGAGAAUACAGCUGCUGGGUGAUACUCUGUGAUGGACUGGAGUGUAGCAAAGAUGACCUGCGAAUGGGCAAAACAUAUAUCUUUGUGGCAGAUCCAUCUGAAUUAUUUGUGCCAUCAACCAAUUACUUUGAUAUUAUCUACCUUCGAUCUGAUGGACCUUCAGUGAUCCCAUGUCGCGUGAGCACACCUUUGGCUAAUGUCACAUUGCAUCGCGAAAUCCCCCCUCAAGAGCUUACUGUUGAUGGAUCAGUCCUUAGUUAUGAUGCAAAACAAGGAUUUGUUAUUCAUAAACCUAGUCUUGAGCAAAAGGGAGUUGUGUACUGCAUGGCAAGCCUAGAGGGAACUCCACAGAUAUCAAGCAAUUACCUUCUUUUGUACACUGAAGCUACCAGUGCCCCUCCAUCUACAAGUAUUGAGGCUUCAUCAAAUGCAGUAGCUGGUGGCGAUCAGGUUAAUGUGACAUGUACGGUGGUAGGAGACCCAGAUGAACCAGUGGACUUCACUUGGAAAUAUCCAGGACAGUGGGAUGAAAGGCCGGUGAUCAUCACGGAAAAAUGGAGACUAAUAGAUCGGAACAAUGGACAUACCGUCAGACUAUCAAAGAGUAUGCUGUACAUUGAUGAUAUUGAAACUAUUGACGUAGGGGAUUACAUCUGUAUUGCUCGAAAUUUAAUAGGAGAAACUAUAGUGGCUACACAAAUAUAUUUUUACUAAUGGAACCCACAUUGUGUGAGACUUUCCUCAGAACAGUAAAAACAACUUGUAUCUUACUUCUUUAAUGAUUUUUAACACCUGAGAUAUAAUUUAUAUUUCUUCAUAGAGUUCCUAAAUUAUUCUGCACCAAAGUUUUGCAAUUGCAGGCACCCCUAACAACAUUUAUUCUUUGAAACAGAAUAGUUCCUAAAUCAACAGAACAAAACCUGGAGGUAAUCAUGGUGGGGGUGCAAUAUUGACAUUUUCCCAUUGGGUUGAAUACCAGCCCAGACUGAAGAAAUUAAGCAUGCCUUAUCUGUUGGUUGCAUGUGGGCUCUGCCAAACUAGUUCUGGGUGCACAACAGUUAAACUAGUCCCGAUUCCAUAAUGGGAGCUGGAUGUAUGGUAUGGGAAACAGGUGGAGGGUAUACUCUGAGGGUAUGCAAUAAAAUCAGAAUUUCUAUCUGGUGACUCCUGGCCACAGGAUAUUUGAUACUGGCUGAAAUGUUGCGUUGCUUUACAGAGCAUUAAAAUUUCACAUCUGGUAUUCAAAAUUCACAGAAUGAUAACAAACUCCAUAUGUUUUUGACUAAUAACCCUUUCAAUCACUUACUUAACCUUUGCUGUGUAUCCAGACACAGGAUAGGACACACAGGAAAGAAAACCUAAGCUGUACACAUCCUCAAGAGCGUAAUCCAGUGAUUAGUUCAAUAUCUUGGGAAAAAUUUGGAAAGAAGAUAGUUCAAUUUCUGAAUCAUUUAAAAAUUGGAAUUGCACUUUUUAUGAAAUCUGACCUAUAACCAAAGUAUUAGUGUAUAAAUGAUGCAUGAAUAUGUGGAGCACUUCACAGAUCUUGGCAAGAUACUCUGCUACCAUGCACACAUUAUUUCAUGGUGUUUAAUAAGGUGUCUGGAAUGAAUUUUUUUGGCAGAUGCAGUUCUCCAGCUAAAUCUGUGUUUUUGCUAACCAUUGUUUUCCUUUAAGUAGCACAGCUAGAUGAUUUUUUUUUAAAAGACCCGUAUAUAGCAAACAAAACUAAUGAAUGUUAUCCUGUGCAUUUAUUUCAGUUUAUUUUGCUGAAGUCCAUUAUUCCUAGUACAAAAUGUUUAAUAUAAAAAAGCCUUAGAUAAAUAAUCAAAUAAUUAUAGUUUUUGCUCCGUAAAAUAAUUAAUAGCUUAGUUGUUAAAUGCUAAUGAUUUGAUUUAGUGGUUAUCCUGUUAGCAAUUACUGUUUUCAUACAGUACUGGGUUCUGCUCAAUGUAGCAACCAUAAAUUAUUUCCUUGUAAAGCGUGUCAAGGAUGUUGACAGGAAUUCUAAGCAACUUCGUGCCACAUUAGCUUGUAAUGCAGCAUUGUCUAAUUUCUGUUCAAUAAAAUGCAUUAGUAAAUGAUCUUAAAAUUAAUAAAUCAGCCCCAGUAGAUGAUAUUAACAAAUUGCAUU